AUGGCAUGGUUCCUAUAUGAAGUGCUAGCUAAAUAACCGGAGUUGUUUAGAUAUAGCUCAGUUGAUACAUGACAGUGUAACGAGACAUUUAACAAAAAAUGGCAUCAACUGUUGGUAAACUCUUUGUAAUGGAGUUGAGUCCUCCUUGUCGUGCGGCAAUGUUAACGGCAAAGGCUCUUGGGAUUGAAAUAGAGUUAGUGGAGACUAAUUUAUUCAAAGCUGCUCAGAUGCAACCGGAAUUUUUGAAGUUGAAUCCAAAUCAUACCGUACCCACAUUCUUGGACAAUGAUGGUACAUCAGUCGGUGACAGUCACGCAAUCAUGGCGUAUCUUGUUUCUAAAUUCGGUAAAAACGAUUCGUUAUACCCGAAAGACCUUAAAAAACGGUCAGCAGUAGAUCAAAGAUUACAUUUUGAUUGUGGGACUGUGUAUGCUUUGCAUCUGUUUAUAGUGGGCCCUAUGUAUGGCAAAACAGCAACAGGACCUUCUGACUAUCACAAAAUGGCUGCUGAAAGAAUGUAUUCAUCGUUGAAUAGGUAUCUUGAAGGAAAUAAAUGGGUUGUAGAAGGUGAAACACCAACAAUUGCUGAUUUCUCACUGAUUACAUCGAUUCUAUGUAUUUCGAUUGUCGCACCGUUCGAUAAACAGAAGUUUCCAAACAUUGUCAACUGGAUUAAGAGAUGUGAAGCAUUACCGUACUUCAGUGUGAACAAAAAAGGACAAGAUGUAUAUGCGUCCAUGUUGAAUGACAUGUUGAAUAACAAACACGAUUUUUAUCUAGAAUUCAGCAAAUAAAUGUAUCUUAUCAUAUUCAAUGAGCAAAUACAUGAUGAAGUAAUUUUUGUGCUUUAUGUAAUUCGUUUAGUUCAAUAUAACUGACUUAUAUUUACAAA